CAUUGACCACAAGUUUAUCAGUAGAAUUUAAGAGAAUCAAUGUAAACAACACAAUCAAGUGAAGAUAACAAAAUUACGUUAUAAGCGACCAGAAUACCAGUACUUGUUUGUCAGUGAACAGAAAAAUUGAAGGAGAUGCCCUCCUUCUGGGUUCGUAGUAUCACAUGUAGAGAUUGGUGGUUUGACAAAAGCUUUCUGGAGAAAUGUCUUAUCAUAGCGUUAGUGGUGUGUUUGCUUACUAUACUAAUAUUAUCCUCAGUAGGAAAAUUUAACACAUGUAAGCAUUGCCCGCAAAUUGAAAGUGUAUCGAUGCAAUCGAGGAUGCCAUGCAUUGUAGAUGAAAAGGGGUGUCAAUCUUCAGAAUGCCUGAAAGAAGCCUCACGAAUGCUUUCGUAUAUUGAUCCAAACGUAAAUCCGUGCGACCAGUUUUACGAGUUCACAUGCGGAAACUUCCUCAAAACUGCAGGAGAGGAAGAAAGGAUGAGCUUGGAUGAGUAUAAAAAAGCUCAACUGAUCGACACUUACAAAGAGAGAAUCAAGCGAGAUGAUCACAGGAUGGUUCAAUCUGCCAAAAAGCUAUUUCAAGCGUGCACGAAUGAGGUCGAUAUCGAACAGGACGGAAUUAAGACGUUAAAAGAAAUUAUAAAUCUUGUCGGAGGUUGGCCAGUGCUGGAGGGAGAAAAUUGGAAUGAAAAAAAUUAUGAUUGGAAAGAGGCCACGUACAAAUUGCGCGAGCGGGGUUACGAGUACUCUAUUUUUCUUGAGUUGUCCCUCGUACUUUUCCCUGAGAAAAGUGAUAAAUUCAUAUAUCAGGUGUCCUCUCCUGAUACAUUCGAUUACCGAUACGGUCUUUUCGAGUUAGAUAAAGUAGAGUUGAUGGCCGAUGUUGUAGAGUUCUUUAACAAAGGAAACCGAACUGCAAUAAAAGAGGAAAUGGAGCAAGUACACUUAUUUUGGAAAACGCUGAGAGAUAAAGAUCAUCCCUUUUACAUGAGAACUUUUAAGCAAUACACCAUUGAAGAGUACUCAAAAUUCACAGGUCCCUUCGAUUGGUUGGACUUUAUAAACAGGAUAGCAGGUCCUACUGCAACCAUUACGAAAACAACGUACGUUCUGUUUCCUGACCCACAAAAUCUAACUUCUUGGUUAGACAUUAUAGAUAAGACCUCUAAGCGAAUUCAAGCGAAUUAUAUGAUGUGGAAGGUGGUGGAGUCGUCGAUUCCUUACCUAAAUCGAGAACUGAGAUACGGUAAAGGAGGGCUUAGACGGAGAGAAACUCACGAAGACUUUUGCUUGAGAGAGGCAGAGAAAAGGUUCUAUCCAAGUCCAAUUAGCGUAAUAAACGAUCGUCGCCACAUAACAAAAGAAAAGCGGAACAUUGUAAUUGGUCUAUUGGAAAGUAUGCGAAGUGAGUUUAUAAAAAUCAUUCAAAACACAGCGUGGAUUCCCGAAGAUGACCGUAGUAACACAACGAAGAGAAUUGCCGAUAUGAAAUUCUUAGUGGCGCAACCUAUCGAAUACUUUACCGACACCAUUUUAGACGACUUAGACGUGGACAUGGUAACAGUCAAGAACGAGUCCUUCCUUGAAUUAAUCGCUCAGGCCAAUAGAAAUAGUCACUCUUGGGUCUACAGCCAAAUUAAACAACCUUUAGCUGAAUCGUACUUAUGGAAGUUGCAUAUCCGGUACGAUAAUGGCCAACCUGGUUACAGCACACUGGACAACAGUUUAUUUAUUCCAGGAGUAGCGAUUCAAGACUUGUUGUUUCACGAAAGGAGACCACGUUAUGUCAACUACGGAUCCAUGGCCGCAUUGCUCGGUUACCACGUAAGCAGCGUUUUUGGUAAAUUUUUGACCAAACCAUCUGAAAGUGGAGGCUGGCAAUCCAAAACCAAAAAUGAGUACAGUGAAAGAGAAAAAUGUAUAUCCGAGUCCAUUAUCCGAUAUCAAAAAGAAGUGCAAACCGAAGACCCACUGGAAGACUUCAUCAAGAAAUUUGUUGCAGUGAACGUAAACAGAAAUGUGUAUUACACCAAAGAACAGUUAGGUCUACAGCUCGCGUACUCCGCAUACGACUCUUGGGUAAAAAAUAACGGGGACGAACUUAAACUUAUCGGUUUAGACUACACCUCCAGGCAACUAUUUUGGAUAUCUGCAGGAAUAACGUUUUGCACAUCGAAGGUUACUAGGGAUGUCGGUAAAGUUAAACCCGAAGUGGUUCUAAUGUCGAUAGCCAACAAUCCCAACUUUGCGUUAGACUUUAAAUGUCCAGAGGCAUCUCAUAUGAAUCCUGCCAAUAAGUGCAAAAUAUUUAGCUAGUUGGACAUAACUAACAUAACAUAACUGUGUUAAUAAAUAAAAUCUUAGUCAAUUAUUACAGAUAAACCGUUUCCAUAAAAGUAAGUCUAUACAACCGAAAACAAAACUUACACGUGUCUUUUGCUUUCCCGUAAGGGUAUGUCAAAUAACUUUUAAAAUAACAUUGACAGGAUUUCAUGUUUUUCACUUCAUUUGUAGGUAUUGUAGACAUGAAAAAGUAGUUGACAGAUACUAUGCAAUUGAUUUGCUUUAAUAUAAUUUAUCGCCAUUGAGUUUAUGCAACUUUGCUAUUAACAAUAUGCCAUUACUAGAAAAAAAAAACUGAAUUCAUUAGAGCGGAAAAAAUCACAGAGCAUAAUUACUAUUUAAACAAGUAAACAAAAGAGAAAAUAAAGGUAAUAAAGCUUCUGUAAUUACUUAACCUCUGUAUUAUUUUUAACGAUUUUUAAGCAUGAAAAAAAUGUGCUAUUGUUUGCGUUUUGUCCGUUCGUCUCUCCGGAUCGGCAUGUACACUGUGAGUCAACGAUUGCUAGGAGUGUGUAUUGCCCUAAGGAAAUAUUUGUGCUUUUGUAUGAUGAUAAUUGAUAUGGUAUAUUUUGAAUUAUACGGAGUGUGAUCACAG